AUGAGCUCUGACGCAUCAACUCCAGUGCAAGCGGAGCCUACUCUUGCGUCACUAGAACCGCCUUACAGCAUUUUCGACAAGGGACAGAAAUGGAUUAUUGUUAUUCUUGCUUCCACUGCAGCAACCUUCUCGGGGUUCGCGUCAAACAUUUAUUUUCCCGCCUUGCCGACUAUUGCGCAAGAUUUAGGUGUUUCCAUUGACCUGGUCAACCUCACGGUUACGUCCUACCUCCUUUUCCAGGGUCUGGCACCUAGUCUCUGGGGACCAAUAUCAGAUGUCAAGGGACGACGAUCUGCGUACAUAUGUACUUUCCUCGUGUUCCUGGGCGCUUGCAUUGGUCUUGCCGAGACCAAGAAUUAUGCUACACUCAUUGUCUUGCGGUGUCUGCAAAGCACUGGUAGCGCUAGCACAAUUGCAAUUGGGGCUGGAGUCAUUGGCGAUAUCACCACACGAGCUGAACGCGGGGGAUACAUGGGCAUUUUCCAAGCAGGACUGCUUGUUCCUGUUGCCGUGGGACCGGUAAUUGGAGGUGCAAUUGCCGGCUCACUGGGGUGGAAAGCAAUCUUUUGGUUCUUGGCUAUUUACAGUGGCAUUUUCCUCUGCUCGCUUACUCUGUUGUUGCCUGAGACGCUUCGAGCGCUGGUCGUGAAUGGGAGCCGCGUACCGUCGAAUCCAAUUUUGAGUUAUCCCUUGCAGGUAUACCGAAAAAAGACCAAAGUGCAGUGGCAGGCAACGCAAAUCGACAAACCUGAUUCUCGGACCAAGAAAAGCAUAGAUCUUCUUGGUCCGUUUCGAAUACUCCUGAGCAAGCACGCUGGUCCCAUCAUUGUCUUCCUCGCCGUUUAUUACGCCGUGUGGCAAAUGAGCAUCACAGCCAUGUCGUCGCUAUUCAAGAGCCGGUACCGCCUGACCGAGAUCCAAAUUGGCCUCACGUUUAUUGCCAACGGAGUAGGGUCAAUAAUUGGAACUCUUGUGACGGGGAAAAUCCUCGACGCCGACUACCGUCGCGUCAAGAUCAAGUACGAGGCCUCAUUCGAUGGCGAGCAGGGGGUUGACCCAUCUCAUGGUAUCAGAGAGCAAGCCUUCCCCUUAGAAAAGGCUCGACUCCGCCUUGUGCCCAUAUUCUCCGCCGUCCAGUGUGCCUCUAUUCUUCUCUUUGGGUGGACCAUUCAGUAUCCUGACAAGGUGCACAUUGCAGUGCCGAUUGUAUCUACGUUUUUGACGGGAUGGACAGCAGUGUCUACACAAUCUCUGAUUAUGACCUAUCUUGUAGACGUCUUUCCUGACAGAAGUGCUGCAGCAAGCGCCAGCUUGAACCUUGCAAGAUGCUUGUUCGCGGCGGCUGGCACGAGUUUUAUUAUGCCCAUGAUCAAUGGCGUUGGGGUGGGAGUAGCCUUUACCAUAUGCGUCGCUGUGCAACUAGUGGCAUUAAUCGGGCCGCUAAUUCAGUGGAAGUUUGCCGCUAAAUGGAGGAAAGACGAGAAAGAAGGCAAAAGGAGUGAGGAGCUUGGGCGUUAG